CAUAACAAACUACGUCAUCCACAAAUAGAUUUCAACCUCUGCCAGUUUUCCGGAAUUUCAACCUCUCAGCUCGCCUGAGCCCUACCUUCUUCUUCAAUUUCUAUCUCCUCCCACCUUGCAGCUGCAGCGCGCGCGCUCUCUAUCUCUCUGUGGAGUAUUGAUCACUGUAAUCGUUGCUAUUUCUUCUUCUUCCAAAACCAAACCCUAAGUGCAAGAAUUGAAAGCGAGGAUGGGGAAUACGGAGAAGCUGAUGAACCAAAUAAUGGAGCUCAAAUUCACUUCGAAGAGCCUUCAGCGUCAGGCUCGAAAAUGCGAGAAGGAGGAGAAGGCGGAGAAGCUCAAGGUCAAGAAGGCCAUCGAGAAGGGUAACAUGGACGGUGCCCGAAUCUACGCGGAGAAUUCCAUCCGAAAGCGCAGCGAGCAGAUGAACUACCUCCGCCUGGCCUCCCGCCUCGAUGCUGUUGUCUCUCGGUUGGAUACCCAAGCUAAGAUGCAGGUCAUCGGCAAAUCCAUGGGCUCGAUCGUCAAGUCCCUUGACUCCGCUUUGGCGACAGGCAACCUUCAGAAGAUGUCUGAGACGAUGGACCAGUUCGAGCGCCAGUUCGUUAACAUGGAGGUUCAGGCUGAGUUCAUGGAGGGCGCCAUGGCUGGAUCUACUAGCCUCUCUACUCCUGAGGCCGAGGUCAGUAGCCUUAUGCAGCAGGUUGCGGAUGAUUACGGUCUUGAGGUCUCUGUUGGCCUGCCCCAAGCCGCUGCUCAUGCCAUUCCUAAUUCCAAGGAGAAAGAGAAGGUUGAUGAGGAUGAUCUGUCCAGGCGGCUUGCUGAGCUUAAAGCUAGGGGUUAGACGUUGAUGUUGGUGAUGAUGAUGAUGAUGAGGAGCUCAUUAUAUGCUUGUGGGUGAUUAUUGCUCUUUAAUGUGGACACUUUAUCUUCGUUUUAUAUCUAUGUAGUGUUUUUAACUUGAGAAUGAUAUGCUAUGGUAUGCUAUUAAACUAAGUGCUGUGUCAGUAAAACUCUUGUAUUGG